GUGAGCGGGCGGAGAGGGGCCUGGUGAGGUGAGGCGCAGAGGGCGUGCCCUCCAGUUCCCACCCCGGGGAGCUCCUAGGACGCACGGAGCCAGAAGCCAGCGGGAUGGAGCCGGCACAGGACCUGGGACUCGGGGACUCCACUCUGCACCGCUGCCUGGACGGCGAGUUCUGGAGCCUCAAGAACGAGCUGCGCAGGCUUCUGGGCGGCUGCCCGCUCUUCGGGCACAGGUAUGGUUUGAGUCUGGAUGAGAUGAGAGCUCUGACAGUUCCGAGAGUGAAGUUUAUCCUGGGUCAUACACUGUUGAAACGUGCAUUUCAGGAACAGGCAGAGAAGACGAAGAAUUUUGUCAAUCGGGGCCUCGUCAUUGGGGAGGUGCUCUCCAUGGCCGACCUGGCCACCAGUGUGAAGUGUGGAAUCAUUUAUUGGCUAUUUGGUGGUGCUGUGAGGAAUCUUGGAAGCCCCAGACAUGUUACUCAGUGGCUGCAGCCACUCAAGGAGCAACAAUACACCGGGAUGUUUGCAAUGACCGAGAGGGGCCACGGGAGCAACGUGAGAGGGAUCCAGACGGAGGCCACCUUUGACCUUGCAGCUCAGGAGUUUGUAAUCAACACACCGUGUGAAAACGCCCAGAAGAUGUACAUCGGGAACGCCAUGGGCGGGAACUACGCAGCCGUCUUUGCCCAGCUCAUCAUCAAUGGAAGUUCACAAGGGCCCCACUGUUUCAUCGUUCCCAUCCGGGAUGAGAAUGGAGGCUUGUACCCGGGAGUGACAGCUAUUGAUAUGAUGCACAAGGAAGGUCUGCACGGUGUGGAUAACGGGAUCUUAAUCUUCAACAAGGUUCGGGUACCCAGGGAGAACCUGCUGGAUAAGUUUGGUUCCGUGGCCCCAGAUGGGCAAUACCACUCACCUAUUAAGAACAAGAGUGCGAGAUUCAAUGCAAUGUUGGCCGCGCUGACCCCUUCGAGAUUAGCAGUGACUUUCCAAGCUCUGAGCGCCAUGAAGCUUGGGUUGACCAUAGCCAUUCGCUAUAGCCACAGCCGGAGGCAGUUUGGGCCCAAAGCCAAGGAAGAGGUGAGGAUCAUCGAGCACCAAACACAGACGCUCCGGCUGAUGCCUCACCUGGCCACAGUGCUGGCCUUGACCUUUACCAGCAGGUACGCGGGGGCCCUUCUGGAUGAGGACAUUUUCCAAGGGAAGGAGCUGGUCAGCAGCCGCGUGCUGCAGGCCCUGGUGGCGGGGCUGAAGGCCUACAGCACCUGGGAGAAUGUUGGCUGCCUGCAGGACUGCCGCGAGAGCACCGGAGGCAUGGGCUACAUGAUGGAAAACCGAAUCUCAGACUUGAAGUGUGAUGCAGAUGUGUUUGUAACUUUCGAAGGUGACAAUGUUGUCAUGCUUCAGGUGGUGGCCCGGGAACUGCUGGCUCAGUACACCAAACAGCAACAAGACCAUCCACUCUCUGGCCUGCUGUGGAGCUGGGUGGCGUCUGUGAGUGACAAGCUGAGGACCAGUUUCCUGGCAUUUAAUACGGAUGCAGUUGGUAACCUCGCUUUUCUGUUGAAGGCCGUGAAUUUCCGCGAGAGGGUUCUUCAGCGGGGUUUGGUGGCCAGAAUUUAUUACAAGGUGGUGACCAAGAAAGAGGACUUCUUCCAUGCCUGGAACUCGUGCCUGCACCACAUCACUCUCCUGUCCCUGGCACACACUCACAGAGUGACCUUGGAACAGUUCUCCCAGGCAGUGAGGAGCUGCCCAGACCCACAGGACGAGGCUCUGUUAAUGAAGUUUUGUCUGUUAUAUGGAACCAACUGGUAUUUAGAACAGAAAUACCUGACUCCCAGGGCCAGCAGCAGGAUCAGGAAUCAGUUGCUGGAUUUGUGUGACUCGGUGAAGGAUGAUGCCCUGAGGGUGAUUUCUGCCUUCAACAUUCCACACACCAGCCUCCACGCACCAAUCGCCGGGAUCCCCAGCCCGCACGCCGCCUGGGCCUUCUACCCUGCGCGGAUUCUGCCGCUGGCUGGGGAAGGGGAGCGGUCCCAGCGGCCCAAGCUGGGAGCCAAGCUGUAACCCGCGUGGACGGAAGUGUAGCGGCCAGUCCGCAGCUGCCCCCAAACUCCCUUCAUGGGUGCCCGAAGCUGGGGCAGAGGCCGGGCUGGCACGUGCGCGGCCGCCGCCCGCGGGGAUUUUGGUGGCGGAGCAGAGGUCCAGCCGAGGCUUCGGAGGCGCGCGGUUGGCUGUUGGGCAGAGCGAGCCUAGACGGCCGCCAGGGAACUAAAACACUUGGUCUUUUUCCUGUAACCCCGCCUGGCCCGGCCGCGACCUCGUCUAGCUUUGGCGCCGGAUCCCCCGAGACAAUCAGGGUGGGCUCCCCCACGAGCGCACCCCCACAGACGGGUGCCGCCAAAGAUCUGCUGUCAGCGGUGAGUCAGAUUCCCAGUGAUUUCGAAAAACUCUGGUUCUGGGUGAAAAAAAAAAAAUCAAAACAUAAAAAUCAAAUACCCUCAGGCGAAAGGAAACAAGAAAAAGAAAAAAAGCCCCAUCCACUCCGGGCGCGGGCAAAGGUUUAGCCAGCCACUGAGGCUUUUCCAGUGAAUCAGACCUUUGGGGCUCGGUGAGGAAACGCACCGGCGGGGGGAGGGGAGCUGAGCCUGGAGUUGUGCUCUGAGCAAAGUCAGAACUUGGGCUGGUCCUCCCAGGCGGGCGGUUUCCGGACCGCAAGACAACGCGCGGAAAACAUUUUUGCCACUUGAAACUGUAAUCUGUUCUUUAGAAGAGCACAGACACAAAGUUUAAUAAAGAACCUGGGUGCUGGGAAGGCGCCUCCGCGGCUUGGUGAGGUCGGGGGAGGG